UUAUUUUUUUCCUCCCUGGAAUAUCUUAUUUAAAAAAGUAAAAUCAGAAUCUCUAGGAAGAGCACUGUGAACUUUCUUCUCUGUGAGAAACAAUAAAAUACUUUGUAAAUAGAGGCAACCUCAUGAAGUAACAGAUGCUUAUGUGAAGAUAUAAAACUGAGCCAGAAUAUAAGAAGUGUGUGCUCAAUCGGUCAAAGAAAAGUUGAAAGUUGGACCCUCAGUGAGACAGAGUUGUUGGAUUCCAGGAUUGUUCUAAAGGGGAGUCCAGUCAGUCAGACAUUUCACUGGCUUACUGAUUGCCCAGUAGUGUUACUGAAGCCAAGAAAGGCUUUCCAUUAGAUAAUGAGUUAUGAAAUAUGUCUCACACUGGAAAAACCAGUCAUCUGCUGAUGUCAUGCUGAUUUUAACCAAUCCCAAACAAAGCCCCAGCCCUCCUCUGCUUGACUGGUACCAAUGUGUGACUGUACAAAUAAGUAGUACAGUAUAAAACUCCUCAGUGCCAAUACCAUGAAGAGGAACCCGGACAGCUCUUACUACAUGAGACAAGAGUCUGCUGGUGAAAGAGAGGACCGGAAAGAGAAUUGACUGAAGAGGAGAAAGGAAAAAAAAAAAAAAAAAAGAAAGAAAGAAAGAAAGAAAGAAAAAAAAAACCAAAAAGGAAAAAAAAAAAAAAACACCCUGUGCGUGAGGGGGGAGGAAAAGCAGAGCCUUUUAAAAGGGCAACACAACAACUUUUGCUGCCAGGAUGCCCUUGCUCUGGCUGAGAGGAUUUUUGUUGGCGAGUUGCUGGAUUAUAGUGAGGAGUUCCCCCACCCCGGGAUCCGAGGGGCACAGCGCGGCCCCAGACUGCCCGUCCUGUGCGUUGGCCACCCUCCCAAAGGAUGUACCCAACUCUCAGCCGGAGAUGGUGGAGGCCGUCAAGAAGCACAUUUUAAACAUGCUGCACUUGAAGAAGAGACCCGAUGUCACCCAGCCGGUACCCAAGGCGGCGCUUCUGAACGCGAUCAGAAAGCUUCAUGUGGGAAAAGUGGGGGAGAACGGGUACGUGGAGAUAGAGGACGACAUCGGACGGAGGGCAGAAAUGAAUGAGCUUAUGGAGCAGACCUCGGAGAUCAUCACGUUCGCGGAAUCAGGCACAGCCAGGAAGACGCUGCACUUUGAGAUUUCCAAAGAAGGCAGUGACCUGUCCGUGGUGGAGCGCGCAGAAAUCUGGCUCUUCCUGAAGGUUCCCAAGGCCAACAGGACCCGGAGCAAAGUCACCAUCCGUCUCUUUCAACAGCAAAAGCACCUGCAGGGCAGCUUGGAUGCAGGGGAGGAGGCUGAGGAAGUGGGCUUGAAGGGGGAGAAGAGUGAAAUGUUGAUAUCGGAGAAGGUGGUGGAUGCUCGAAAGAGCACCUGGCACAUCUUCCCCGUCUCCAGCUGCAUCCAGCGGUUGCUGGACCAGGGCAAGAGCUCCCUGGACAUACGGAUUGCCUGUGAGCAGUGUCAGGAGACCGGCGCAAGCCUGGUGCUCCUGGGCAAGAAGAAGAGGAAAGAAGAGGAAGGGGAAGGGAAGAAGAGGGAUGGAGAAGGAGGGGCGGGAGGGGACGAGGAGAAGGAGCAGUCGCACAGACCUUUCCUCAUGCUGCAGGCCCGCCAGUCUGAAGAUCAUCCUCACCGGCGCCGGCGGCGGGGCUUGGAGUGUGACGGCAAGGUCAACAUUUGCUGUAAGAAACAGUUCUAUGUUAGUUUCAAGGACAUUGGCUGGAAUGACUGGAUCAUCGCUCCCUCCGGCUACCACGCCAACUACUGUGAGGGUGAGUGCCCCAGCCACAUAGCAGGCACGUCGGGCUCAUCCCUCUCCUUUCACUCGACAGUCAUCAACCACUACCGCAUGCGGGGUCACAGCCCCUUCGCCAACCUCAAGUCGUGCUGUGUGCCCACCAAGCUGAGACCCAUGUCCAUGUUGUACUAUGAUGAUGGGCAGAACAUCAUCAAGAAGGACAUCCAGAACAUGAUCGUGGAGGAGUGUGGCUGCUCAUAGAGCGCCCAGCCCAGCGGGGAUGGGGGCGAGACGGCCCAGAGAGGACAGUGGUGACACGAAGACAUGUUUAAGGUUUCUGACUGAAACAACCAGGAAAAAAAAAAAAAAGAAAAAAAAAAAAACUAAAAGCAAAACCUGAAGCAGAUGAAGGAAGAUGUGGAGAAAUUCUUUAGCCAGGGCUCAGAGAUGAAACAGUGAAGGAGAUGGGAAUUGCGGGGGAGAGGGAGAGUGGGGUACCGUUCACUUCUUCCUCCAGCAUCCAAGGGGUGACAGCAGUUGCUCAAACGGGAAUAUCAUCCUCUCCUUUUCAGUUCCCUUUCUGUAUGAGCCUCGAAGUCAACUUGUCUGGUCUGCAGUAAUGUGGGCUGACACAACCCAAA